AUGGACACUGACAUGGACUACGAAAGACCCAACGUUGAAACCAUCAAGUGUGUGGUCGUAGGUGACAACGCCGUGGGGAAGACGCGCUUGAUCUGUGCCCGAGCAUGUAACACGACACUGACGCAGUAUCAGCUGCUGGCCACACAUGUGCCGACUGUGUGGGCAAUUGACCAGUACCGGGUCUGCCAGGAGGUCUUGGAGCGUUCCCGGGACGUUGUUGACGAAGUGAGCGUUUCUCUCAGACUUUGGGAUACUUUUGGUGAUCAUCACAAAGACAGGCGUUUUGCAUAUGGCAGGUCCGAUGUUGUGGUUCUCUGUUUUUCUAUUGCUAAUCCCAAUUCCCUAAAUCAUGUGAAAACCAUGUGGUAUCAAGAAAUCAAGCACUUUUGCCCUCGCACACCUGUUGUUCUAGUUGGCUGCCAGCUAGAUCUCCGCUAUGCUGAUCUUGAAGCUGUUAACCGAGCCCGACGCCCUUUAGCAAGGCCCAUAAAGAGAGGGGAUAUUUUGCCCCCAGAAAAAGGCCGGGAGGUUGCAAAGGAACUUGGCAUACCAUACUAUGAAACAAGUGUGUUUGACCAGUUUGGAAUCAAGGACGUGUUUGACAAUGCCAUACGGGCAGCUCUGAUUUCCCGCCGGCACCUGCAAUUCUGGAAAUCCCACCUAAAGAAAGUUCAGAAACCUUUACUUCAGGCACCCUUCCUACCUCCAAAAGCCCCUCCACCGGUCAUCAAGAUUCCCGAGUGUCCCCCCACCGGGACAAAUGAAGCUGCCUGUUUACUGGACAACCCUCUGUGUGCAGAUGUCCUGUUUGUCCUGCAGGACCAGGAGCACAUCUUUGCACACCGAAUUUACCUCGCUACCUCCUCUUCCAAGUUUUAUGACCUUUUCUUAAUGGAGAGUGAAGAAUCCCAAAACUGGGGCGAAGGAGCUUGUGAGAAAGAGAAGCAGAGCAAGGAUUCCGAGGGGCAGACACUGAGUAUUGACCCAGAUGGGGAGAGGGAGGAGGUCACUCCCAGGACACCGCAGGCCAGCCCAUGGACGUCCUCAAGCAGGAGCCUGUCGGAGCCUCCGGGGCCGGAAGCCGAGGGCUCGGUGCCAGAGACGCAGGCACUGGCGGGCUGGAGUAAGGGGUUUGUCGGCAUGCACAAGGAGAUGCGAGUCAAUCCCAUCUCGAAGCGGGUGGGCCCCCUGACUGUGGUCAGCAUGGACUCAUCCGUCCAGCCAGGCCCCUUCCGGACCCUGCUCCAGUUUCUUUACACGGGGCAACUGGAUGAAAAGGAAAAGGACUUGGUGGGCCUGGCCCAGAUCGCAGAGGUCCUGGAGAUGUUCGAUUUGAGAAUGAUGGUGGAAAACAUCAUGAACAAGGAAGCCUUCAUGAACCAGGAGAUUACGAAAGCGUUUCACGUCAGGAAAGCCAAUCGGAUAAAAGAGUGUCUCAGCAAGGGGACAUUCUCAGAUGUGACAUUUAAAUUGGAUGAUGGGGCCAUCAGUGCCCACAAGCCGCUUCUGAUCUGUAGCUGCGAGUGGAUGGCUGCCAUGUUCGGAGGGUCGUUUGUGGAAAGUGGCAACAGCGAGGUGUAUCUCCCGAGCAUAAACAAAAUGUCAAUGCAAGCAGUAUUGGAUUAUCUCUAUACCAAGCAGUUGUCACCUAACUUGGACCUGGACCCGCUGGAAUUAAUUGCCUUGGCAAACAGAUUCUGCCUGCCACACUUGGUUGCACUUGCAGAGCAGCACGCAGUUCAGGAGCUGACCAAGGCCGCCAUGAGUGGCAUGGGCAUCGACGGGGAAGUGCUCUCUUAUUUGGAAUUGGCCCAGUUUCACAACGCCCACCAAUUGGCCGCCUGGUGUUUGCACCACAUCUGCACCAACUACAACAGUGUUUGUUCCAAGUUCCGUAAGGAAAUCAAAUCGAAAUCUGCAGACAACCGGGAAUACUUUGAGCGACACCGCUGGCCCCCUGUGUGGUACCUGAAGGAAGAAGAUCACUACCAGCGGGUGAAGAGGGAACGAGAGAAGGAAGAUAUUGCACUAAAUAAACAUCACUCACGACGAAAGUGGUGCUUCUGGAAUUCAUCUCCAACAGUCGCCUGAGGAGGAAGAGAAAAAAAAAAAAUCAGAAAUCUGAUAUACCACUUUAAAAAGCUCCCCUGUAAAAGUAGUCUUAUUAUUAGAGAUAAGACAUAGUUCAGGUUUCAGGCACUGAUCUUCCUCCACUUCUGUGCAUUUAUCUUUGUUAGGAUCAAAGCACAAGCUCACCACCAAUGAGCCUGGACUAAAAGGGAAGCUGAUGCUCACUGCAUUCCUUAAACUGAUACGUAUUUUUUUUUUUU